AUGGAAAUACAAGAGGAGGAGCAAGCUAAAGAGCUUAAGGAGCUCCGUUUUGAAUUACAGACUCGCUUAAGAAAACUGCAGAAAUGCUGUGGCCCAGAGCGACCUCCCGAGAAGCCAUGGAAACAUGACAGCGGUGCGGCGGACUUGGAGUGGGUCACCGACUAUGCAGAGGAGAAGGAGAUCCAGAGUUCCAAUCUGGAGACGGCCAUGUCUGUGAUUGGAGACAGAAGGUCCCGGGAGCAGAAAGCCAAACAGGAGCGGGAGAAAGAACUGGCAAAAGUCACUAUCAAGAAGGAAGAUCUGGAACUGAUAAUGACUGAGAUGGAGAUAUCUCAAGCAGCAGCAGAACGCAGCUUGCGGGAACACAUGGGCAAUGUGGUAGAGGCGCUUAUUGCCCUAACCAACUGAUGCGUGCUUUCUUAGAUAUACCUACUGGAUUAAUUUAUGGCAAAUUUUUUUUGGUCUUU